AGGGGGAGUUUGCCUGGAAGCAGGAGCUGCUCUUGAGUCUGCAGUGCAGGGAUGAAGCUCCGUGCUGACAGCUUCUGUGCUGCACCAUGAGUAAUGCACUUAUUUUGUAUACCUGCCUCGUGAGCAGUGCGGUUGGAUGCUGUUUUUUCAUUUUAUCUAAAACUUUGAAGAGAAUGGCCCAAGCUACGGUAGCAGCAACGUCCAUGCAUGAUGAAGACCCAUCAGAAAGCAGGAUGGUGGUCACGUUCCUCGUGUCAGCGCUGGAGUCCAUGUGUAAAGAACUUGCCAAGUCCAAGGCAGAAGUUGCCUGCAUCGCUGUCUAUGAAACAGAUGUCUUUGUAGUUGGAACUGAGAGGGGAAGAGCCUUUCUCGAUUCCAGGAAAGAUUUUCAGAAGGAUUUUCUUAAAUACUGUGUUGUAGAGGGGGAGAGGGCUGCAGAGCUGCAGGAAACGAAGUGUGUGCUACCUGCCAACAGACUGACAGUGGAUGCCGUGGAACUGGAAGCUCUCAGGAAGUCUGUAGAGGACUAUUUCUGCUUUUGCUAUGGAGAAGCUCUGGGUUUGAACCGACCCAUCAUGGUGCCCUAUAAACUCAUCAGGGACAGCCCCGAUGCGGUGGAGGUCACCGGCCUGCCGGACGAUAUCCCUUUCCGAAACCCUAACACCUAUGACAUCCACCGGCUGGAGAAGAUCCUGAAGGCACGGGAGAGCAUCCGGAUGGUGAUUAUCAACCAGCUCCAGCCAUUUUCCGAAAUCUGCACUGAGGCCAAACCAACAGGUAAGGGCUGGAAUGUGUCUAUGACUUUCCUUGCAGUGUGGCAGAGAAAAUAAAUGGGCAAAACGGAUGGGGAGCCAUGGGGAGCAGGCAUUAGUCUUUCCUGCAUCCCUCACAGAGGCCAGGGGAAGGAUCUGACCUGGAAAAUGGAAAGUCAGACUCAGCAUCUGCUCAGAAGCAACCUGUCGACUUUGGUGACUGUAUUGCCAUGAGCUGGCAAGAGACUUGUGCUCUUAGACUCAAAUUUUAGCAUGUUCUGGAGGAUUUAACAGUCCCUUUCCCAUUAGCAAUUUAUUCACCACGAGCAAUUUAUUCACUGGUUAAAGCCCUUAAUUUCAUCUGUCAUUUAUCCAUUGAGCUUCUAAGGAAACAAGGUUUCUGUAAUCCUUCUGAAUGUGUUUUUCUGUGUCCCAUCCUCCCCAGUAAAUUUCAUUUAAUCAAAUGUGUCAGAAUUAGCAGCUCUAGAGAUAAUUAGGAUCCUUUUUAUUUUAUGAAAAUAGGUGGCUAGGGAGAGGAGACAGACCUGGCAAACCUGCAGUUUGAGCUGAUAUAGAAUGAGACAGAUUAGAAACCUUAU